AACCAGCUUCCUGUACAGCUGAAAGUCAGCAUCACCGCCACUCCUCCCAAUAGGAAGUGCGCAUCCCGGAUAGCUAGCUGGCUAGCUGGACUCAGUGUCACGAUGGCAGUUAACCUCAGCAAAAAUGGUCCUGCAUUAACAGCUGCAUUUAAAGAAGUGGUAGAUGAAAAAUCCACUACCAACUGGGCCUUGUUCACCUAUGAGGGAAACAGUAAUGAUAUCCGCCUGGCAGAAAAGGGGGAUGGAGGACUGGAAGAGCUGGUUGAAGAACUGAACAGUGGAAAAGUGAUGUAUGCCUUCUGCCGAGUACAGGAUCCAAAUUCUGGUCUGCCUAAAUAUGUCCUCAUCAACUGGACUGGAGAAGGAGUAAAGGACGCCAGGAAGGGAAUAUGUGCAAAUCAUGUCAGCGCCAUGGCCAAUUUUCUUAAGGGGGCCCAUGUCACAGUAAACGCCAGAGCAGAUGAGGACGUGGAACCUGAGGUGAUCAUGCAAAAGGUGGCCAAAGCUUCAGGAGCGAACUACAGCUUCCACAAAGAACCUUCCAGCCGAUUCCAGGACAGCGGCCCACAGGGUCCCGUGGGCUCGGUGUACCAGAAGACCAACGCUGUGUCGGAAAUCAGAAAGACCAACAAAGACAACUUCUGGGCUCAGGCAGAGAAAGAAGAGGAGAAACGUCGCCAGGAGGAAAGGCGCAAGGCAGAGGAGGAUCGCCAGCAGCUGGAGAGAGACAGGAAAGACAGAGAGGCCAAGGAGGCAGCGCAGAGGGACAAAAGGGACAAGGAGAGGGCCACUCAAAUUGAGCAGAACAAGAAGUAUCAGCAGCAACAGGACUCUGGGAGUAAAGAGCAGGAGAAACAACGCUGGGAGGAGCAGGAGGAGGACCAGGCAGUCCAGAAGAAAGCAGUCAAGAGAGGUGAAUCUGUGGAAAAGGCCAACGAGGCAGCUUCUCUCAUCUCUCAGCGUGCUGUAAACCCCAGAGAGAUGUUCAAGCAGAGAGAGAGGGGAAUAACUCCCAGUGACUCAGACCCCCCCUCUGCUGCCCCUGCUAGCCCUCAGCCAGGGCGCCUGCAAAGCCCUUUUCUGUCUAAGCCAGUGUAUGAAAGUGAGCGAGCCAGCUCACCUCAGCGCCAAGCUUCUCCUGUGCCAGCAGGCUCCGCCUCUCCUGUCCGUGCCACAGAGCCAGAUGUGGUUGAUGGACAGUCCAGGUGUGAGUAUGAUGAGGAGGAGGCGGCGACCCCCCAGGAGCAGAUGAAAGAGGAAUCACCAGCUGCCAACUCCCAUGUCCAAGAGGCCGUUUAUGAAGAGCCCGCUCAGGUGGAGGAGAAUAACUAUGAGGUGACUGCUGAGGAGACCUCAGACAGAGGCGUCUGUGCCAGAGCCUUAUAUGAUUAUCAGGCUGCCGACGACACAGAGAUCUCAUUCGAUCCCGACGAUAUCAUCACGGGGAUCGAGAUGAUCGACGAGGGCUGGUGGCGAGGCUACAGCCCAGACGGCCAUUUUGGAAUGUUCCCUGCCAAUUACGUGGAACUAAUCUAGCACCCCCACCCCCAAAUGAUCACACUGGCAGCCCCACAGGACCUCUGCAGUAAAACAACACACAGCAAAGUUACUCCUCGCACACAAGUGAGCUGAUCAGGCUGAAACGGAGCACAUGCUCCUCCCCAUCAUGGACCAAUGAACGGAUGGUAAUGCUGGGCCAGAAGCUUUUGAAGUAUUUCCUCAUUUCAAGGAAGCAAUUCCAAUAAAUUGUUGAUGUUGUAAGCAACCGAUGGCAUAGUUUAGGGAUUUGUGAAGACCCAUAGGUCAUCCAGAACUCCCUUCCACUCCCCCAAAUACAUCUCUUACCUAUAAAUGUGAUGCAGUACAAUAGCAGCCUUUUGUUAAGUCUUAAAAUCAAUUGUGAGCAUUAAAAGCACUUCUAGUUAGCAUUCCUUACAGUGACUUCAGUUCUAUUUCAGGUAUAAUUUUGUUGUUACUUGUAGCAAAUGCUCCUGUACAUUUCAGGAAGGGGUGGCGGGGGAAAAAAAAAAAAAAAAAAUCAAAGAUGGCGGUACAGUAUAAUCUUUUGCCUUGUUUUUGCCUUUCUUUACCGUCAGACUGAAUUUUCUUUUUUUUUUUUUUAUGUGAUUGAACUUACAUCCUGUGUGACUUUCAAACCAUGUUUUAGUACUGAUCUGACUGGUAGUUAAAGUGAAUAUUUAAAACAAACAAACAGACGAUGCUUGCUGUGCUCUGGGUGGUCGAUGUUAGUGGGGAAUGCAUAAAACGGUUCCCUUUAACUCACUUUAUAAUGGUUGUCUUCAUUUCAAGUCCUUCGUCAUCUGAACCAGAUUAUUUCAACAUAUUUAACUUUUCAGGGACAAGUUGAAGAGAAGAAAGCAUAAGUCGGCAUUAUUUUUCUUUUUUCUUUGGAUCUCGCUGGUCUGAGGUUGAUUUUGAGUGUACAACAGAUCUCUAAUAAGUAAUAUGGGGUGUUAUGGUGCCAUAAUGAGGAGCAGUGAUUGGUGACAUUUUAAUUGAACAUUUAAACAGUUUGACAUCAGAAUUUAUGCCAAGUUCGCUGUUUUUAUAAAAUAACAAAAUGAUUGCUCUUUGAAGCUUUUAGGUCAGUCGACAAAUGAGUUGGUCAUGAAUAGGAAUAGGGCAUCGUGUAUCCAUUGCAUUCUUCAUGUUUAUUUUUUCCAGAUUCUAUUGUAAUGCACAGACAUUCUUCAUAAUAAAAUAAAUAAACAACC